AUGAAUGAGAUGGUGUGGCUUCCUGAGGAAGACUGGUAUAUGCUGAAGCUGAUAUAUAAGGAGGAUUUCCUGACUGCCACAGUUGUGACAUUCAUCUGCGGGAAAGUUCGCAUAGUCCAAGUGACCUGCAGCCCAUCCGAAAAAUACCCAACGCUCACUUUAACGCUGAGGGCCAUGGACAGCCUCGGCGAGAACCACUAUGACAAGGAGGUAGCCUUUGACGUUCUGAAAUAG